AUGGCAUCUCUCCAAGACAUCCAUAUCGAAACCCUCACUCUGGAGCACAAGGCGCCACGUCUCAUCCUCGACGGCCUCCUAGACCGCAUGUCACCAAUCUGCACUCUCACAGACCCAUUACCCAAAGACCGUGUCUGCGGGUCUCUUGAAAUUUUCCCCACAGAAAUCCUCCUCCAAAUCAUCGAAGAUCUUACCAUCAGAGACACGAUGCGUUUCCGACGCUGCUGCCGCUUCGCCAUGCACCUCGUCGACACCGAGUCGCCGCUACGGCGGCCCGCGAGUAAAGAGUCGGUAGUCCGCUACGUUGGCGACAUAGGACAUGAGAAUCUGAACACGGUGCCCCAUUUCCGGGUUUUACCUGUCACGUUGACGAAUGGGGUAAAUAGAUUCUGGGUCAAGGCAGAGGAGAAAAUGUACGAUUGGGAAUACGUCGAUGAGGUGUGUCCCCAUCAGCCAGAACUUCGCGCUGAUCGAUACGACACAUAUUGGAUCAAUCGUCGCAUCUUCCUUGGCGAAAUGAAGGCACAGCAACGGUUUAGCUACCUAGGUCACCUUACAGAUGUGGAUGUCGUACCGAAGAUGACAGUCAUGGGUAUGUGCUCUGUCUGGGCUCCGGCGAUUGACCCAGUGCCAUUAGCAGUGGAGAAGGAGUUCUACUGCUUGUGUUGCUUAGGCACGGCGAUAAGGCGAGAAGUCUUUACUAGAGAGGAGUUCUUAGUUCAUCUUAGGGAUGUGUGCCGUGUCAGGCCGAAAGGUAUUUGGUAUCGGAACGAUCUUCCUAAGCUGGUUCUUGCAAGCGAUUGA